UUUUAGUUCCUCUCAGUGUCGUUGUAAGUGCGUUGCUUCCACUUGGCUUUGCUACGUCUGAGCUUAAAUACAUUUUUUAUCCUGUAAAAUCAGCCUUCUCGGAUUCUUUUUUCCAAACAAUCAUCGUCACAAGACAUCAGCAUACAAUUUAAGUGUUUUCGCAAUUCAUAUCCCGAAACGGAGCCAUGAUCACCAGAAAAAGAGGAAGAAGCAGCCUUAACGCUGAUAUCACAUCAAGUACCUCCAAUGAGAGUGAUGGUGCUUCGAAAACCAGUAAUACAAGUGAAACAAACACACACACUUCUCCAGAAAGUGACACCAAUGAAUGGGGCCUGGAUGAUCUGCUUGGCUCAGAGUUCAACUGGGACCUGGACAACAAUGUGCUGGAUGUUUUCGGCAACUUUGAAUCACAGACCAACGAUGAGAUGAACCAAAGUGCAGUGUUUGACGUUCCCGUAUCCCGCAACAGAGGUUUGGUCCAGAGGUCAAAACUGCAAGACGUCUCUGGACGGAUCAUCAACAAGAACGCCGUCGCAGCAAGGAUAAACCGAUUAAAGAAGAAAGAAUACGUCACUGGCUUGGAGCAGAGAGUGGGCUCUUUGACAACAGAGAACCGUGUUCUCAAGCAGGAAAAUGGGAAUCUCAACAAGAGAGUGGAAGAGUUGGAGAAUGAAACUAGGUACUUGAGAGCCGUGUUGGCCAAUGAGAGCAUGCUGGCUCAGCUGUUGUCUAGAUUGAGCGGUGUGAACGGCAUGAAAUUUUCUACCUCGCUUUUCCAGGAAUCCAACGAGAAUGACCACGAUUAUGCCAUGCCGAGGAAGAGGGUGAAGGUGGAAGACAAAGAUACUGCAGGUGGUGUCUGCCUGCAUGUGGACAAAGACCACGUCUCGGUGGAAUUCUGCACCAAGUGUGCUGAGAGUUCAAGCUUGUCGCAUAAAAUGUAGGGUCAAGUAUUUUACCUUUUCAACGUUUCCCGAGACUGAACUUUGCACAAGGUGUAAAUGUGGGGACAUGACAACAGUAGUCAAAUAUAGAGUUAACUGUUAAAAAUGUGUGCAGAGCUUGAAUGGCAUGUCUAUUGAACCUGCUUUCAAUACAAGUUACUGCUAAACUUGUUGACAGUUUUCUUCUAGGUGCUUGGUCCGCCAUGCUGGACGACUGGGUCACAGAACAUCCAUGACUGCUGAAAUCCAUGUGGAUUUUGCUGUGGGGAAAGCUGAAGAGUCGGGACCAGCAGCUUGCAUCAUGGCCUGGUAAAUUUAAAAAAGGUAGUACAUAAAACCGUGUAAGUUACAGCUUUUACUGACUCUUAUCACACCCCUAAAGAUGUCAGACGCUGUCAUUCUCAUUUAGCAUCUAAAUGAGUGUUUAAACUCUUCUGUUUGUGGUAACGUUUGCUUACAAGACAUUGAACAUAUGUCAUCCAUGUGUUGCAUCUUGAUUUGUUAAAGCACUUGGACUUUAUUUGACAGUUGUCCAGAGGAAGUGAAAUGGUAUGUUUUAAAAUGGGAUUUUCGAAGGGUUUUGAUUUCUGAAUAAGUCAUCUAUUUGUGAGAUGUAAUUGAAAUCCAAAGACUGUGCAGACACAUGGCUGCAGCUGUGCUGAGAAAAAAAAAAUGUAAUAAAUUUUCUUUUGAGUAAUGCAAAA